AUGGGUAUAAUCUUAGCAGCACACGCCAUAGCUGCAAGGAAAGCAAAAGAUGAAAACAUCUGCAUACUUACCGACAGCAUGGCUGUGCUCCAGGCACUUAACAGCUACACAGUUAACUCAGGCCUUAUACAUGAGUGUCACCUAAUUCUGAAUGAUUUAGGAGCAGUCAACAAUAUCAACCUUCGAUGGAUUAAAGGUCACAGCGGCUCCAGAGGCAACGACGCAGCGGACGAGCUGGCCCGCAAAGGUUCCGGUAGCCGAGCAAUCGGCCCUGAACCCAUCGUCCCCCUGCCUUUAGGAUAUUUAAGGUCGCAGGUAACAAGCAGAAGCCACGACCAGCACAGCGCGCUUUGGGAUUGCAUUAGUGAAUGCAGGCAGACCAGAGAAGUUCUGCCGAUGUUCUACAUGUUUACAAAAAUCCAUAAAAAAAACCAUUUUACGUAG